AUGAUCAAGAAUGAGUCGAGUGAAGAUCAAAACAAUGAACAACCACCAUUCAACACUCACGCCAUCAGUGAACAACCACCAUUCAACAUUCACACCAUCAGUGAACAACCACCAUUCAACACUCACACCAUCAGUGAACAACCACCAUUCAACGCUAACACCAUCAGUGAACAACCACCAUUCAACACUCACGCCACCAUCCAUACACAACCACCAUUCAACACUAACACCAUCAGUGAUCAACCACCAUUCAACACUCACACCACCAUCCAUACACAACCACCAUUCAACAUUCACACCAUCAGUGAACAACCACCAUUCAACACUCACACCAUCAGUGAACAACCACCAUUCAACACUCACGCCAUCAGUGAACAACCACCAUUCAACACUCACACCAUCAGUGAACAACCACCAUUCAACACUCACACCACCAUCCAUACACAACCACCAUGCAACACUCACACCAUCAGUGAACAACCACCAUUCAACAAUCACGCCACCAUCCAUACACAACCACCAUUCAACACUCACACCAUCAAUGAACAACCACCAUUCAACACUCACACCAUCAGUGAACAACCACCAUUCAACACUCACGCCACCAUCCAUACACAACCACUAUUCAACACUCACACCAUCCAUACACAACCACCAUUCAACACUCACACCAUUAAUGAACAACCACCAUUCAACACUCACACCAUUAAUGAACAACCACCAUUCAACACUCACACCAUCAGUGAACAACCACCAUUCAACGCUAACACCAUCAGUGAACAACCACCAUUCAACACUCACGCCACCAUCCAUACACAACCACCAUUCAACACUCACACCAUCAGUGAUCAACCACCAUUCAACACUCACACCACCAUCCAUACACAACCACCAUUCAACAUUCACACCAUCAGUGAACAACCACCAUUCAACACUCACACCAUCAGUGAACAACCACCAUUCAACACUCACGCCAUCAGUGAACAACCACCAUUCAACACUCACACCAUCAGUGAACAACCACCAUUCAACACUCACACCACCAUCCAUACACAACCACCAUGCAACACUCACACCAUCAGUGAACAACCACCAUUCAACAAUCACGCCACCAUCCAUACACAACCACCAUUCAACACUCACACCAUCAAUGAACAACCACCAUUCAACACUCACACCAUCAGUGAACAACCACCAUUCAACACUCACGCCACCAUCCAUACACAACCACCAUUCAACACUCACACCAUCAAUGAACAACCACCAUUCAACACUCACACCAUCAGUGAACAACCACCAUUCAACACUCACGCCACCAUCCAUACACAACCACUAUUCAACACUCACACCAUCCAUACACAACCACCAUUCAACACUCACACCAUUAAUGAACAACCACCAUUCAACACUCACACCAUUAAUGAACAACCACCAUUCAACACUCACACCAUCAGUGAACAACCACCAUUCAACGCUAACACCAUCAGUGAACAACCACCAUUCAACACUCACGCCACCAUCCAUACACAACCACCAUUCAACACUAACACCAUCAGUGAUCAACCACCAUUCAACACUCACACCACCAUCCAUACACAACCACCAUUCAACAUUCACACCAUCAGUGAACAACCACCAUUCAACACUCACACCAUCAGUGAACAACCACCAUUCAACACUCACGCCAUCAGUGAACAACCACCAUUCAACACUCACACCAUCAGUGAACAACCACCAUUCAACACUCACACCACCAUCCAUACACAACCACCAUGCAACACUCACACCAUCAGUGAACAACCACCAUUCAACAAUCACGCCACCAUCCAUACACAACCACCAUUCAACACUCACACCAUCAAUGAACAACCACCAUUCAACACUCACACCAUCAGUGAACAACCACCAUUCAACACUCACGCCACCAUCCAUACACAACCACCAUUCAACACUAACACCAUCAGUGAUCAACCACCAUUCAACACUCACACCACCAUCCAUACACAACCACCAAUCAACAUUCACACCAUCAGUGAACAACCACCAUUCAACACUCACACCAUCAGUGAACAACCACCAUUCAACACUCACGCCAUCAGUGAACAACCACCAUUCAACACUCACACCAUCAGUGAACAACCACCAUUCAACACUCACACCACCAUCCAUACACAACCACCAUGCAACACUCACACCAUCAGUGAACAACCACCAUUCAACAAUCACGCCACCAUCCAUACACAACCACCAUUCAACACUCACACCAUCAAUGAACAACCACCAUUCAACACUCACACCAUCAGUGAACAACCACCAUUCAACACUCACGCCACCAUCCAUACACAACCACUAUUCAACACUCACACCAUCCAUACACAACCACCAUUCAACACUCACACCAUUAAUGAACAACCACCAUUCAACACUCACAACAUCAGUGAACAACCACCAUUCAACUCUGCAUCCACCUGCCAAAUACCAUAA